GAUUAAUAUUAAUGAGGCACAAAAAGCAACUGUUUGGAAGCUCUGAGUCUGGGUGGAUCCCGGUAGAAACAUUAUGUGGAUGAUAAAUACUGCUGUCUUCUCGAUCAGAUCACAUUCACUGCUUCAUCAUGGACUUCGAUCUGGGCUCAGCUGUUGGAGAUGAUGAGGUGAAGAAGCAGGAGGGGAACGAGGUGGAGGGGCCCUUUGGGUUUGGAAAAAAAGAUAAAGACAAAGAAAAAGAUAAAGAGUGUAAGGACAAGGACAAAGAUAGUGACAAGCCAAAGAGUGAUUGCAAAGAGGAUAAAGACAAGGACAAGUGCAAAGACAAAGAGAAGGACAAGUGCAAAGACAAGGAAAAGAAGAAGGAUAAAGAGCACAAAAAGGGGCACGGGCAUGAUCAUGGACACGGACACGGUCAUGGACACGGACACGGUCAUGGACACGGACACGGACACGGUCGGGGACGUGGACACAGAUCAUCCUCUUCAUCCAGUGAUGAGGACUAAAGCUGAAGACUGAAGACAUGAGUAGGCCGGGGCAAGUUGUCACACAGUGAAUAUGUCCUAAGGGAUUCAUGUUUAUAGUAACAGGUUUUGAGUCAAAAAAAAAUCCCAUUGCAGAAAUACUUGUUUUACAUGUUGGUUUCAAACACCUAGUUGCAGCAUUUAUAUUAAAUUACAGUAAUAUUUUGCAAACUAAAAUUUCAGUAGUACUAUUAUCUGUUACAUGAGUUCUGUGAUGUACUGCAUAUACAUUAUCUAUGAAAAUCACCUGUUAUUUUUUUAUGUGUGUUAACAGUUUUUUGCAGUUUGUUUUAAUGUUAAAGACAUCAUACAGCCUGUAAUACAUUUGAAAUAUUAUACUGUGGAAAAUGUAUUGAUUUUAUGUUAGUAUGUCAUAUUACAAAUAAUAUAUGUUUUCUCAAAACAGUUCCCAUUCUUGUUAUUUAUCCCAUAUAUCAUGACAACACGACCCAGUAUAUGUACACUGGAUAAUAAUAAUAGACAUGUCCGAUACUUGUUUCAGGUUUGUGACUAAUGAAAAAGUGACAAAAUAAACCUACUGUGAGAAAUUAA